UUUAGAUGAGUUAUGUGGUUGUAAUGUUGCAAUAUGUUUACUAAAAAAAUUAGAUUAGCAUGUGUGCGCAUAAAUUCAAAAUUUCAAAUAUUAAUGCGCAUAUUUAAAGGUAAUUAAGAAAGUAUAAGUAAGCAAACACUUUAAAAUAAAAUACUGUGAUAACAAAAGUGUUCUAAUUAUUGUAAGUGUGCAUAUGGAUGUGUGCAAGUGUGCAACAGCAGUGUGCGCGAGACGCGAGAUGAACGCGAAACAGCAAACGCCGCGUCGAUCAUGAAAGUCAGAUGGGGAUUGCCGAGUUGGUCGGUUUCAAUCCUGUCGUCUCAUAAAAUCGAUUCCAUAUAUUUUAUAAAGUUAUUUAUUAUUUAUUUUAAAUUUUUUACUGUUACUGUAUGUCACCACUUUGUAUUACAAGUAAAAUUAAUUAAUUAAAAAAUGUUCGACGCAAUGAUUAAUUGCUACAGUAAUUUUUAUCAGUAAUUCUUAUUCAUUUUUAACUCAACAAUUUGCGGUUUGAAUAUUAUUUUUACGUGCUCCUUAUCAUCUUAGUGGUGCAUCGAGAUGAGUUUCUGAAAGUGUAGGCAGUAAAUAAUCAAUUCUAAAAAUGUACAAGUUAUCUAACUAAAAAAAACAACUAUCUUAUUCAAAAAAUUACUCUUUUUUUUUUUUUUUAAAUUAUAUUUUAUUUUAAGUAUCAUAUUUUUUUGAAACACGAACGCUGAGAUGCACUACGGAGUUUUUUUAAAAAUGUCAGAUUUUUUUUGAACAUUCACUGGAACCGAUCGGAUAAAUAUGUGUAUAUAUAUAAAUAUUUAGUUGUAAUAAAUGUCGGAAACUGAGAGGCCAAUGGAUAAGGAUAAGGACAAGGAAGCGAUGGAGAUAAAUAAUGUGGGGAAUAACAACAAGAGUUUGAUUCACCUGGCAAUAUCAUUCAGAAAACUGUGUGUUGCUACAGCAUGUUUACCAUUGGUCACAUUAUUGAUUUGUUUUGUGACAGCUUAUAUAUUCCAGCAGGAUGAUAUCCAUGAAACACAUUGUCGCGUGUACAAUGUCCUGCCAUCAAUAUCAGCAAUCACAGGCGUAUCACCACAGAGAUAUUUCUGGCGGGUAACAAUUGCAUUGCACAUUGGACCAAGACUCGUGAUAGCGACAGUCUACCAUUCUUAUUACCGUAAAAUAAUAACAGCUCUUGAAGAUUUGCCAAAGAAAAUGAUUGGAUGCAGACUAUUGAAUGUGUGCUUUUGGUUAAAUAUUAUUGAAAUAGCCGCAUUGUGUGGCGUAACAUAUAUAUCUAAUCGAGAAAAUUACUAUGCUCAUGAAAAAAUCUUUAUAAUGUUCAUGGUCAGUUCAUUGACGUACAUGUUGGCAGCAGUUAAACUGGGUCGUUUACUGACGCCCAACGCACAAAGCCUCCACUAUAAAGAAAUUCUAUUUACUACCAGUAUUGUCAGUACAGUUGGCCUUAUAAUAUUUUUUUUGAAACACCGAUUGCUGUGUCAUGAUUUAGCAUUUAGUUGGUUUUCACUGUGUGAAUAUAUAAUAGCAUGUGCAAAUAUGGGUUUUCACGUGACUGUAAUAAUGGAUUUUCCAAAAGAACAAUUAAUUGUCGGAUAUGGAUUACCCGCGACGAAACUCGAUUAAUGAUUGUAAAUAAUUAAUCGAUAAAUUAAUAUGAAUAAUAACAACAAUUGUCAUUAUAACUAAACUAAAAUUUUAAUUAAUUUCAUCUUUAAGUGCCUGAUGCCCUGAUGUUCGUUAUUAGACGCUAACUUCUAGGAAAUUCAUUUGCCAAUCUCGAAUCUGAUGCUUCCAAAACUAAAAACAAUAAUAAAGUUAUUUAUUGAUAAUUAAAUAAAGUAAAAAAAAUGGCACUGGGCACUUGUCAGAUGAUAUUGAACGUGAUAAGGCCUUUUCUUGUUGUACCUCUAAACAGAGAUUUAUACUGAUUAUUAUGGAGUGAAAAUAUUAAUGUCUGUAAGCUACAAAAAUGAAUUUAAACGUGAUGAACAAUCGAUAUAUUCAUUAUUUAUUAAUACCGUGCAUUAUAUAUAUGUAUGAAUAUAUUAAAUUUUUUUUUAAAGUUGAUGGAUAAUCGAUUGACAAUUUAUAGUAAAUUGAUAAAAUAAUUAUUGCUAAUUAAUUAAUUAAUUAAUUAGAUAAUUUAUGAGUGUGCGUAAACUACGAGUGCAAUAAGACAUCUAGUCGUUUUACUCAUGCAGUCUAGUCGGCAUAAUAAAAUUUUAAUUAACGAGAUAUUAAAUAUGUCCUUAGGAUAUUAUUAUUAAAAAAAAAAAAAAAUAAAUAAAUAAAUGCAUUUAAAAUUUAUUAUAUUUAACAAUUGCGGUAAAAAAAAAACCGUAGAGACUUUGAAUUUUUUUUAUACGCAAAACAUGAGCGGAUAUUAAUUUAAAAAAAAAGUGUGUAAUUAUAAUAAAUUUUUUUGUCAAUACUAAAUAAUUGAAUUAUGUUUAUUAUGAUAAAAUAAAUCUAGUGUAAAGUAUAAUUACGAAACUGUAAUUUAUUAGAAAUGAUAAAAAAACAAAUAAUAACAAUAUUUCAUUAAUAAAAGUAAAACGUAAUUAAAAUGCACGUAGACUGUCAACGUACUU